AUGGCAGAGGCUGGCAAGGGAACCGUCCCAGACCACUCUAUUCGCAUAUGUGCAGAUAGAGGGGGAACAUUCUGUGACUUACACGCAUCUUAUCCAGAUCCUGAGGACAAUAGUUCAAGGAGAGAAUUUGUCGUGAAGCUCUUAUCGCAAGACCCUUCGAAGUAUCGCGACGCGCCGACUGAAGGGAUACGAAGGAUACUCGAGAGAAUAACUGGCGAGAAGAUUGAGCGUGGUACCAAGCUGCCGACCAACAAGAUCGACUACAUCAGAUUAUCUACAACGGUGGCAACGAACGCUCUUCUUGAACGCAAGGGAAAGAAGCACGCAUUACUGAUUACAAAGGGCUUCAAGGACCUCUUGCUCAUCGGGAACCAAUCGCGGCCACGCAUCUUCGACUUGAACAUCAAGCGACCAGAACCCCUCUAUUCAGACGUUGUUGAAGUAGACGAGCGCGUUACGCUUGUCGGGUAUACUUCAGAUCCCGAAGCAAUCGAACAUGCAAUCCAGUUUGACGAUCACGGAAAGAUUGUCAAAGAGUACUCUGGAGAGGCAUCUGCUACUGCAUAUGACGGAAAUCCAACCCCAGAAAUCGUUCGUGGGCUAAGUGGAGAAGCGGUUCAGAUUCUUCAAAAGCCAGACCUUCAGCAAGUGGAACGCGACCUUCGUCGGCUCUACGAUCAAGAUUUUCGCUCAAUCGCGGUCAUUUUUGCACACUCUUACACAUUUCCUGAUCACGAAAUCGCGGUGGGAAGGCUGGCGGAGAAGCUUGGAUUCACCCAAGUCUCACUGUCAUCCCAGCUCUUGCCAAUGAUCAAGAUGCUGCCCCGUGGCGUGUCUUCCACGGCGGACGCGUAUCUGACACCCAUCCUUCGCGAUUACCUCGACGGGUUCUUUGCCGGGUUCGACGAGGAGUUGCGUGGUUCUGGCAAAGGUGCGCAACAAGGUCGCCAUGCGCGUGUCGAAUUUAUGGGAUCAGAUGGGGGGCUGCUGAAUUUGGACAAUUUCUCUGGUCUCAAGAGCAUUUUGAGUGGUCCAGCUGGCGGCGUCGUUGGAUAUGCACUGACAUCUUGGGAUGAAAAGUCAAGGAAGCCGAUCAUUGGUUUGGACGUCGGAGGCACUUCUACAGAUGUGUCACGGUACGCUGGUCGAUAUGAGGUUACGUAUGAGACAACAACGGCAGGAAUCUCGAUCCAGUCACCUCAGCUGGAUAUCAACACUGUUGCCGCCGGAGGAGGGAGCUGUCUGACGUUUAGGAAUGGCCUCUUCAGAGCUGGUCCUGAAAGUUCGGGUGCUCAACCUGGACCUGCAUGCUACAGGCGAGCAGUAAACGGAAAAGGCGGACCACUAUCUUUAACGGAUGCCAAUCUGCUUCUAGGAAGGAUCCUACCGGAAUACUUUCCUAAAAUCUUUGGAGAAUCCGAGACAGAGCCGCUAGAUGUCGAGGCUUCGAGGGAAAAGUUUCAGGCGCUUAGGGCCGAUAUCAAUGCUCAAUCCAAGAGCCAGCUUACGCUUGACGAGAUUGUCUAUGGAUUUAUCAAAGUGGCAAACGAAACAAUGUGCAGGCCCAUACGAGCUCUCACAGAGGCUAAAGGAUACUCUACUGGAAAUCAUAUACUGGCCACGUUUGGCGGAGCAGGAGGCCAGCAUGCUUGCGAGAUUGCUCGUCUUCUCGGUAUCAAAGACGUUCUCAUCCACCGAUACUCGUCCAUUCUCUCUGCCUAUGGACUUUCUCUAGCAGACAGGGUGUAUGAGAUCCAGGAACCGUCAUCCACUGUGUACGACGAGUCUACACGGGCAUCCCUCAUCAAAAGGCUAAAUGAGAUGGAAGCAAAGACGACAGAGGUACUCAGAGGCCAAGGGUUUGACGAGAACAAGAUUCAAGCCGAACGAUUCAUGAACAUGCGGUUUGACGGUACUGACACCUCGGUCAUGAUCCUAGAUCCUUCCGAUGGCAGUCAUGACUUUGCAGCUGCGUUCAAGAAGCAGCACAAGGAAGAGUUUGGCUUCCUCCUCGAGGGCAAGGCGAUCAUGGUCGACGACCUGAAGGUGCGGGGGUUGGGCAAGACAUUCGACACGCUGGGAGAUACUGUGCACGAGGAGUUGAAGACACUGGAUAGAAGAGAGGUGGACAAGGCAAAGCAGGCAUGUACGCACAGCGUCUACUUUGACGAGGUUGGGAGGGUGGAUGAUACACCGGUGUACGAGCUGCCGUCGCUCAGUAUUGGAGAUGUGGUGCAAGGACCGGCGAUGAUUAUCGAUGACACACAAACCAUUGUCGUCGUGCCAAAGGCUACAGCGACUGUGACGACGAGACACCUUGUAAUCAACCUCCACAGCUAA